CCCUGGCAGGCGCCGGCCGCACGCUCCCUCCCUUGGCCGGAGCUCCUCCUGCCGCGCACCUGAUGCGGCGGGCCCCCUGCCCGGCCAGCGCCCGCCGCCUCCCCGCGGAGCAGGACUGCUGGAUCUGCUCCCAUCCAAGACACACAGAAGCUCCAUUGUUGAAGGCCCUCCUUGACAGCAGGUAGCAGGUGAGCGUGUGCCUAGCCCUUACACCAUGGCGGUACUGGCCCUGCAGAUGGGGGGCCUGGCACUGUCAGUGCUGGGCUGGCUGGGCACCAUCCUGACGUGCACGUUGCCCAUGUGGAGGGUGACAGCCUUCAUCGGCUCCAACAUCAUCGUGGCACAGGUGUUCUGGGAGGGGCUGUGGAUGAACUGUGUAUAUGAGAGCACAGGCCAGAUGCAGUGCAAGGUCUACGACUCGCUGCUUGACCUCUCCUCGGACCUGCAGGCUGCCCGUGCCCUCGUUGUGGCCUCUAUUGUGGUGGCCUUCUUAGCCCUUCUUGUCUCCAUCUUUGGGGCCGAAUGCACCCGGUGUGUGGAUGACAAGGGAGCCAAGGCCAAGAUCUCCAUCACUGCGGGUGCUAUCUUCAUCCUGGCUGGGGUGGGGCUGCUCAUUCCCGUGUCCUGGUCAGCCAACACCAUCAUCAGCAACUUCUACAACCCUAUGGUGCCAGAGGCCCUGAAGAGGGAGCUGGGUGCCUCCAUCUAUGUGGGUUGGGCAUCAAGUGCCCUCUUGGUGUUUGGGGGGACCAUACUAUGCUGCUCCUGCCCUCCAAGUGAGGAGAAGCCCUACUCUGUGAAGUACAGAGCAGCCAAGCACUCCAGUCCAGGCAGCUACCCUCUGAAGAACUAUGUGUGAGGGCCCUGCCCUUGGUGAGGCUAAGAAUCCUCCCUGGGGAAAUAUCUUUACCCAGCCCCUUCCCCAUCUUUGCAGAGUCCCAUUGCACCUGGCCAUGGAGAGGUGGGCAUCAAGCCCAAACAUGUGCAGUUUGUAGCAGCUCCCAUCCUGCCCCGCUUGAACAGCCUUCCCUGUGUGUGUCCCCUCUCCAGCUGCAUUCUACUCUGUGCUUGCCACCUCAUCCAUAACCCACCCCAUGUGUACCUCCUUCCCAGCUAGAGCUCACACUUUUAUAUUUUGCCAGGCCAGGUCCUAGGUCCUCCUGAGCCCUGUAGCCCGUUGGGUUGCUAUGGCUACAGCACAGCAGUUUCUAUAGCCAAGGGUGUACCAGGAGUGAUGUGGGUAGCACUACAUCUGGCCAACUUGGACUCCCCAGCACAAAUGGCUGGCUUUCCCCCUUAUAGCAGAGCCAACUUGGGACAGCCUUUGGCUCAAGCCCAGAGAAGGGCUUGGAACUCACAUCUCCAGGGCUGUAAUGAGACUCUGAACUACUGUUACCCUACACUCAGUCUGUGUCACAGGCAUUCUUGUUCUGUACUAAUCACUCUAGCCUCUGAACACCCUCUCAUCAUGCAUGUAGCACUUCUGUCACCUAGUGGUUGCUCUCCUGCCCUCUCCAUGGGGAACACGCAUAUGGUAGAGUGCUGUGCUGUGUGGUGUUCUGGUUUGUACUGCACACAACAAGCAUUAUGAUAUGCUUAUGUUAACAAAGGCCAGCUGGAGCACAUGCCACCCUGGAGGGAAAGUGGACAGGUUUGCAAUUGCCCGUAGUUCCCUCCAGUGUUGGAUGAGACCCCAGAAACCUCUGCUUCCUGCAGAGACAAGCUUUAACCUUAUUGCAGAAUUCCAUGGGACCAGGGGUUUGUACCUGCCAAUUACAGUCCCCGCCCCAGAGUUUUAAGUGAUCUGGGUACCCUGUGCCCUGGAGAGCCUGGAGGAUAGGAACCAAGUGUAAGGCUCCUGCCAUGCAGCCUGGGUCACUGGGUUAGCUGUGUAAAGCUCAAUCAGACCCCUACCCUUUGGAAGUGGGUCAGCCAAACUUAACAACUAAUCUAGGCCAGCUGGCCCCCAGCCCCUUCCCUUUGGUUCUGGGGUUGCAUUUAAGGAACUCCUCUAGCACCUGAGCCUUGCUACAUAACUUGCUGGUUUCUGAUCCCUGAGCAGCAGCGCCUGUCCUGGAAACUUCUCAAACUUUCCCAGUUCCUGACACUACUUUUGGUUUGUUCCUGGAUUUCUGCUUUGGAUUUCCCUGCAGAUUUGUUUCCUGACUCCAGUUUGGCUCUGUUCUUAGACUUUGCUCUGCAGAGUGUCCCUCAGAUUUGGUAACUAGGCCUGAUUCCCAGAUCCUGACCCUGGCUUGGGAUUUAGUUCCUGAUUCUUGUCUCUAACACCCACCCCUCCUGGCUCUACUUGCUAGGCUGGACUGUGACACCAGUGCCUUGAUCUUGAUGUGCUCCUCUCUGGAUUGGCAGUGUAGGGAAUAGGGAGAAGUGUGAUGUGCCUGUGUUCACUCAGGUGUUUUUUGCUGUUGUUCAGCUGCAAGGUGAUGAAGAAAUUACUAGUUGAAGCCAGGCCUCUAUUUGCUAGGAUGGGCUAGGUCUCUUGGUCAAGUGAAGAUGCUAAAAAGUGAGGAUGUAAAAACUGUCCACGUCUUUCCCCCACAGGCUUCCUCCCCAUAUUACCCCAUGCCACAUGCCUGUCAACUGCACCUUGCUCCACACACACAAAUUCCAUUGAUGCCUGACAAUGGGCCUGUCUCUGCCCAGCCUCUCUGUCCUCCUGGGUGUCUGGUGACCAUGUUCUUUCUUUGAGCAUUAGGACAAUUUCCACACCUCCAUCAACCUAAGUCAGGAACACUCCACCCAGCAAAUUCAUUUCCUAGACACCAUGAUGAAGGUUUGCAAUGGCUACAUCACCACAUUGUAUUGGAAACCAACCAACUGUCACAGCUUCCUUCACACCACCAGCUUUCAUCCUAAGCACAGCACUAGAUCCAUCCUCUACAGCCAAGCUCCAUUACCUAACUCUGAUUCUCACCAUGCCACUAGGACUUGCAAUGGACCCAGAUGCUAGCUGUGCCCCCUCAUCAACAUGGAGCACAGCAUCACUGGACCUAGUAAUACAGAUUAUAAUAUCCAAGGUUCAUUCACUUGCAACUCUACCAAUAUCAUAUACACCAUCAUCUACUUACAGUGCCCUUUUCUAUCUACAUCAGACAGACUGGACAAUCCCUACAUGCAAGAAUAAGUGGAUACCAAUCUGACAGUAGUUCUAGAAAGAUACACAAGUCUGUGGGAGAACACUUCGACUUCUCUGGACGUGUUGCUGAUCUCAGGGUAGCUGUUCUUAGACAGCAAAACUUUUUAAAUAAACAACUUGAACAAGAAGUUGCAGAACAAGAAAUCAUCCAGACUGGACUGUUAAAUAUUGUUUAAACAGGGACUAUAGGUUAUCCCAUUUGCUGGACUAGCUUUUGCAACCCUUUUCUCCCUAUGUUCUUAUUACUUGUUUGCCUUUCCCAGCCCUGCCACAAAUCACUCCAUUUUAUACACUGCUCUGUGCUUGUCCUUUCACAACCUCAGAUGAAGUGAGCUCAGGCUCAUAAAAACUUAAGAUAUACAUCUCUGAUUUAGUCUAUAAGAUGCAAAUCUACCCUGAAUUCUGCAUGUUCUUUCUCCUACCGCAGCACAUGGAGGGGAUCCAGGACCAGGAUGAGGGGGAAGCUUAGUUUAAUUACCAUUUCCACAAACUAUCCCCGUCCCUCCCUGCAAGGGCUCAGCAUGGAAUCACCUGUGCUUAUGCAGGUGUGACACACUGACUGUAAUUUAAACAGACAAAUGCUGCAGAAAUGAUUACUAAUCUUGGGUACCACACAAGGGGUCCUGAGGCCCCUUACACAAAUGCUGAGCACCUGCUUGGGUGGCACUCUAGGACAGGGUGGCACAGCUGGGUUCCCCUAAUUGGAUCAUUGCUGUACAAUGCUGCAGGCACCAGCACCACCUGGUAAUCAGAGUCCUCCUUGCAAAAGGCACCCUGCCAGAGGCAGAGGUAGCAAACAGGCACCUCUUUCCUUCCAGCGUGGAGUGACAGCGGUCCAUAGGGGCAUCUCUGAAUAUGGGAUCACAUCUUGGAGUCUGGGCCUUGCAGCGUGAGGUCUGGGUGGCUGUAAGGGCUUCAUGGGGACAUGCUCUUUGUGAUCCUGUUCCAUUCUGUCCUAGCUGAUCUCUUCUGGUUUGUAAUAAACAUUUUGGUACCACAGAG